CGCUGCGGCGGCCGGCGCUCGGUGCCAGCCGCGCUCGGUGCCAGCCCGGCUCGCCAUGGCCCGUGCCACCACCCUGGUGUCGCAGCUCUGGCUCCUGCUCCAAGCCUCCUGCCUCUGCCUGGCCCAGCUCCGAGGGCCCCCAGGAGAGCCUGGCCCACGAGGGCCCCCCGGUCCCCCAGGAGUGCCGGGAGCCGAUGGCAUCGAUGGUGACAAAGGCCCUGUAGGAUCUGCUGGCACCCCGGGUGUCAAGGGCGAGCCUGGAGCUCCUGGUCCGGAUGGACCCGCAGGGAAGCUGGGAAUUGAUGGCCUGACAGGAGCCAAAGGGGAGCCAGGACCCACUGGCAGGCCAGGAAUUAAAGGCCAGCCUGGACUCCCAGGGCCACCAGGGCUCCCUGGUCCUUCACUGCCAGGACCCCCCGGGCUUCCAGGCCAGGUUGGACUUCCCGGGGAGAUCGGAGUGCUGGGACCCAAGGGUGACCCUGGACCCGAUGGCCCGAGGGGUCCCCCAGGCCCUCCAGGGAAACCUGGACUUCCAGGACACCUCCAAGGCCUGGAAGGAAGCGCUGAUUUCCUGUGCCCCACCAGCUGCCCCCCAGGUCCCAAGGGCCCCCAGGGACUGCAGGGACUGAAGGGACACAGAGGCCGCCCCGGUGCCCUCGGAGAGCCUGGCAAGCAGGGAGAGCCGGGCCCCAAGGGGGAUGUUGGUGCCUCUGGAGAACAAGGAGUCCCAGGUCCUCCGGGACCUCAGGGCCUCAGGGGGUAUCCAGGCAUGGCAGGACCCAAGGGGGAGACGGGCCCUGCUGGCUACAAGGGCAUGGUCGGGAGCAUCGGAGCUGCCGGGCGGCCGGGCAGGGAAGGCCCCAAGGGACCACCUGGGGGCCCUGGUGACAAGGGAGAGCUGGGUGGCCGUGGCAUCAGGGGACCGCAGGGUGACAUCGGCCCCAAGGGGGAGAACGGUCUCCCGGGCAUCGAUGGCAAGGAUGGCACCCCAGGCAUCCCAGGAGUGAAGGGUGGCACAGGACAGGCCGGACGCCCGGGAACACCGGGACACCGGGGACAAGCUGGUUUGCCGGGCCAGCCGGGAAGCAAAGGUGGCCCAGGUGACAAGGGUGAAUCGGGUCCUCGGGGCCACCCCGGUGUCACCGGUGCCCCAGGGCAGCUUGGCGAGCCCGGACCUCGGGGUGAGCAGGGCCCGCAGGGUGUCCCCGGGCCGAAGGGUGACAGGGGCGAGCGUGGCCUCGUGGGACCCCCCGGGGAGCCGGGCAGAGUGGGGCCAAAGGGCGAGCAGGGCCCACCAGGCAUCCCAGGACCCCAAGGCUUGCCUGGAGUCAAAGGAGACAAGGGUUCUCCAGGGAAAACUGGCCCCAAAGGCAGCAUUGGAGAUCCAGGUGUCCACGGCCUGGCAGGGCUCAAGGGAGAGAAGGGGGAGUCAGGAGAGCCAGGACCCAAGGGACAGCAAGGCAUCCAGGGAGACCUCGGCUUUCCCGGCCCCUCGGGGGAUGCAGGAGCACCGGGAAUUCGGGGCUAUCCCGGCCCGCCCGGCCCGCGGGGGCUGGUGGGGGAGCGUGGAGUGCCGGGAAUGCCGGGCCCGAGGGGCACAGCCGGCCGGGAUGCUGGGGACCAACACAUUGUGGACGUGGUGCUGAAGAUGCUGCAAGAGCAGCUGGCAGAGGUGGCCGUGAGUGCCAAGAGAGCCGCCCUGGGUGGGGUCGGGGCCAUGGGACCCCCCGGCCCCCCCGGCCCCCCAGGGCCACCCGGUGACCAGGGACCCCACGGCCCCAUGGGACCCCGAGGUGUCCCCGGAAUCCUGGGAGCUGCUGGGCAGAUCGGCAAUGUCGGACCCAAAGGAAAGAGAGGAGAGAAGGGCGAGCGGGGAGAGGUUGGCCGUGGCCACCCAGGAAUGCCGGGGCCUCCAGGGAUCCCAGGUCUCCCGGGCAUCCCAGGCCACGCUGUGGACGGCAAGGCGGGCGAGCGGGGCCUGCCGGGCUCCCCGGGCGAGGCGGGCCGGCCGGGCUCCCCGGGGCCCGCGGGCCUGCCGGGCUUCUGCGAGCCGGCCGCGUGCCUGGGAGCCUCGGCCUACGCGGCCGCACGCCUGACGGAGCCGGGCAGCGUCAAGGGCCCCUCGUUCUGA